CGCGCUCAGCGCUCAUCUCGCAUCCCUCCCUCCCACCACCACCAUGUCCUGGAAGCUCGGUUCCAAGAAAUCAAAAGACUCGAAGGAGAAUGGCGCGUCGCGCUCCGUGACCCCCAUCCCCUCUCGCUCGGUCACCCCCAAGCCCCCAGAUGGUGUGGAGAACACAUUCCGUUCGGGUACCCUUACCAUCCGUAUCUUCUCUGGACGUGGUCUGGCACUACCCCAUGGUGUCCCCGUACCGGAUAGCAUCCAAAAGGCCCUUGAAUCCUCUCCCCCCGCCCGCAAGUCGACGAGCAACCGCGACAGCAUGCAACGCAAGCAGUACUGGUGGCUGCCGUACGUCGUGCUGGAGUUCGACAAAAACGAGAUCCUCGUCGAGGCUCUAGGGGGCGAUCUCUCCAAGCCCGAGUGGAAUUACCGCGCAGACUUCGAUGUGUCGCGUACAUCGAACGUCUCCGUCUCCGCGUACCUGCGCACAAACCAAUCUGUCCGCGGCAAGGAGGACAUGGGCAACGAUAUUCUCAUCGCCCGUGUGGACCUCACACCUGUUUUGGACGGCCAUCACGCCUCAGAUCAAUGGUACAACGCGACCGCCGGCUCGGGCGCGUUCCACCUCAAGAUCGACUUCAAGCCGGCGCGCCACGAGUCGCUGACCAUCGAGCAGUUUGAUCUGCUCAACCUGAUUGGCAAGGGCUCGUUCGGCAAGGUCAUGCAGGUCCGCAAGAAGGACACCCAGCGGAUAUACGCACUCAAGACCAUCCGCAAGGCGAACAUCGCGUCGCGCCCGGGCGAGAUCACCCACAUCCUGGCUGAACGCACCGUGCUCGCGCUCGUGAACAACCCGUUCAUCGUGCCCCUCAAGUUCUCGUUCCAGACCCCCGACAAACUCUACCUCGUGAUGUCGUUCGUGAAUGGCGGGGAACUCUUCUACCAUCUGCAGCGCGAAGGCAAGUUCGACGAGGGGCGGAGUCGCUUCUAUGCUGCCGAGCUUCUGUGCGCGCUCGAACACUUGCACGGCUUCAAUGUCGUGUAUCGGGACCUCAAGCCCGAGAACAUCCUGCUGGAUUACACGGGCCACAUUGCACUUUGUGACUUCGGCCUGUGUAAGCUGAAUAUGUCAGAGACCGAGAAGACGAACACCUUCUGCGGGACGCCGGAGUACAUCGCACCAGAGCUGCUCAUGAACCAGGGGUACACGAAGACGGUGGACUGGUGGACGCUCGGCGUGCUGCUGUACGAGAUGAUGACCGGCCUACCGCCGUUCUACGACGAGGACGUGAACGUGAUGUAUCAGCGCAUCCUCUCGGACCCUCUGCUCUUCCCGCCAGACAUGCCGCCAGAUGCAAAGAGCGUGAUCACGGGCCUCCUGCACCGCGACCCGACGAAGCGCCUAGGGUGCAACGGCGCAGAGGAGAUCAAGCGCCACCCCUUCUUCUCGAAGCAUAUCGACUGGAACCGGCUCAUGGCGAAGAAGAUCCAGCCGUCGUUCAAGCCCACCGUGGAAUCCGUGCUGGAUGUCGCGAACUUCGACCCCGAGUUCACGGGCGAGAAGCCGCAGGACUCGCACGUCGACGCGACGCCGCUCUCGGAGACUGUGCAGGAUCAGUUCCGCGGGUUCACGUACAACCCCGGGAACGAGUACCUCAGCGAGAGCGUGAGCUAUCCGAGCGUCAUGGGCUAGGCUGCCCUGUUCCCGCGCUGGCGCCGCACACGCCAUCUUUCCUCCUUCGACGCUGUCCUGUUACCUCGGACCAAGUCGCCCUUAUUCCCUUCUCUUUCGUUCUUGCCCACCCACGUCAUCGCCCCCCGCUCCUCUAACCUAUCGCAUUCCCGCGCCUUCGCGUCACUGGAUUCUUGUAUCAGUACGCUUCCCCUCUCUACCUAAGUUAACGGCCCCUUCCUGCACCACCCUCUUGCCAGCCUCGUUGAGGCGUCGAUCACUUCGCAGAUCGGCCGCCUGCUAAGUUACAAGUACACCACUGGUCCCC